CAGUGAGACGCACACAGACACACACACACAGAGAGACACACAGACACACUCACAGACACACACACACAGAGCAGAAUCAGCAGACGCGUCAGGAUGAAGGGAAAGUGCCGAGGUAGCAGAAAGCUUUAAAGCUGAUCUUUUGUCCCGUGGGCCGGGACCUCGCCCCUCGCUCCGUAUAAAUUGGGCUGUCCAACUUUUUCUCUGUUACACUGUGUGUGUGGUUGUGGGCCAGGUUGGACAACAGUCAGUGGGCAAACAUGUCGCAGUACUCUGGAAAGAUCACCUUCUACGAGGGGAAAUGUUUCACCGGCAGGAAGCUGGAGGUGCGAGGUGACUGUGAUAACUUCCAGGACCGUGGCUUCAUGAACAGGGUGAACUCUAUCCGUGUGGAGAGCGGAGCCUGGAUCUGCUACGACCACCCCGACUUUAAGGGCCAGCAGUACAUCCUGGAGCACGGAGAGUACCCCGAGUUCCAGAGGUGGAACUCCCACAAUGACCACAUGGGAUCCUGCAAGCCCGUCCGCAUGCAUGGAGAGCACUACCGCAUCGAGCUGUUCGAGGCCUGUAACUUCUCAGGUCAGUGUGUGGAGAUCUGUGACGACUGUCCCUUCCUGCAGAGCCGCGGCUUCUCCAAGAACUGCAUCAACUCACUCAAGGUCUACGGAGAUGGAGCCUGGGUGAUGUACGAGGAGCCAAACUUCCGUGGUCGUAUGUACAUCGUUGAGCGUGGCGACUACUGCAGCCACAACGAGUGGCAGGCCCAGAACCCCAACAUCCAGUCCAUCCGCAGGGUUGUCAACUACUUCUAAACCCCCCACCCCCCCCACGCACCCCAAACACUGUUAUCAUGUACCA